AUGGCACGGCUCUCCGUCUUCACCGUCGUCGCAUUCGCCGUUCCCGUGGUCGUGUACAUCUCUGUCUUCCUGAUAAUCCUGGAGCUUGGCCGGGGAGGUCCAGCAAGGAGCCCAGCAUCAGCAGCAGCAGACAGCGUCGUCAUCAGCCACAACUUCCACAUCGUCGACGGCAUCGAGGAUGUCGCCAAGUUGUUUGCUCACGAUCGAUCCUCUCCAGAAACUUUGGGAGACGGCGAAAGGGGCGGCGCUGAAGCUGCUGCGCAAGUUGUGAUGGAAAGCCGUCGUCUUGGAAGAAGGUCUAUGCAGCCAAAGCAGCAGCAUCCUUGCAGGCCAAGCGUUGACAUAGAAAGCAAUGCUACUCCCAAGGCCAGGAGAUACCAAAGCAACCAGCCCAAGCCGAGAGUGAUCAGCGUGGGGCCAUGGGGCGGACCCGGUGGCCAGCCAUUCCGCAUGCGCGGCACCAGCGUGCCUCGCCUUCGUGCCAUCACCGUGUACCAUUCCAGCGCCGCCAUCCACGCCUUGGCCUGCGAGUACUCCCUCACCGGAGACGAUGAAGACGCCAACGGCGAGCAGCGAGUCCGAAUGGCGGGUCCAUGGGGUAUCCCGCAUUCCUUCGGCUCCAGAAGAGUUCGUGCCACGAUCAAGCUGUCUGCGGGGGAGUACCUCACCGCGGUGGAGGGGGCGACCGGGCACUUCGGCGACGGCCCUGACGUCGUCCUCGUCACUUCGCUGACGUUCCGCACCAGCCGCGGUAAGACGUACGGCCCGUAUGGCGGCUCCGGGACUGGUACUGCGACGCCGUUCUCCAUUCCGGCUGCGAGCGGCUGCAUCGUUGGCUUCUGGGGACGCUCCGGCCGGCUUCUCGACGCCAUUGGCGUCUACAUCAAGCCGUGCGCACCAACCAUAACCUACAACUACCCGUACCCGGAGACAGGGAUGAAAGUAACCGUGUCCAAUAAGACUUUUGUCUUCCCAGAGCUUCAGUGA